AUGCUCUCUUCCAGUUUUCACCUGGCAGCCAUGAAGGGGCAUGCCGAGUGCCUCAGGAUCAUGGUGACACAUGGUGCAGAUGUGACAGCCCAAGAUGGUGCAGGGCACAGCGCUUUACAUCUUGCAGCAAAGAACAGCCACCCUGAUUGCAUUAAGAGGUUACUUCAGAGUAAAUGUCCAACAGAGAGCACUGACAAUUCUGGGAAAACAGCUUUACAUUAUGCAGCUGCAUGUGGUUGUCUUCAGGCAGUUCAGCUUCUGUGUGAAUGCAAAUGCCCAGUUAACGUCAAAGAUUUGGAUGGGAACAUACCUCUGCUGCUUGCAGUGCAAAAUGGUCAUACAGAAGUCUGCAAGUACCUUCUGGAUCAUGGAGCAGACAUCAACACCAGGGAUAAAAAUGGAAGAACUGCUUUGAUGAUGGCUUGUGAAGCUGGUAACUUUAACAUAGUGGAAGCCUUCCUUAGGAAAGGUGCAGAUGUCAGUUUAGUAGAUGUCUUUGGACAGAAUGCCCUGCAUUACUCCAAGCUCUCUGAGAAUACAGGGAUCCAGAAUCUCCUGUCAUCAAAGUUAUCUCAGGAUGUGGAUACAAAGUCACCAGCAAAAGCAAAGCAGCAUGAUCAAGGCUCUAAAUUAAGUUCAGAAAGAAGUGGAACUCCAAAAAAACGCAAAGCCCCACCUCCUCCUAUCAGUCCUAUGCAGCUUAGUGAUUUGUCCUCUCCACACUCAUCAACUUCAACUCCCAUGACUGGAAAAGGGCAGGCUUUCUUUGCUGAUCAAGUGUGCAAGGUAUCAGUUUUCUGUUCUUAUGAAGCUUACAGAGACAGACUGAGUGACAGCACAGCAGGUGCUGAUAGUUUAUUGGAUGUGAGUUCUGAAGCUGACCAGCAAGAUCUACUUCUGUUGAUGCAAGCAAAAAUUGCUUCUUUGACAUUGCACAAUAAGGAGCUGCAGGACAAAUUACAGGAAAGAACACCUAAAGAAGUGGAUUCAACCAUAGAGUCUUAUCAUUCAACCCAAACAGAGCUUGAGCAAACAGCAGAUAGACAAAAUGAGUUCUCAGCUCAGGAGCUGAAGUCUACAUUAAAUGCCACGCAAAUUCAAGAAAAGUUGACAAGCUCCAGUGAAGUAAAAACGAGUUACCUCCCGGAAGACUUAAAGGAUGUGCAGAGGAAACUAGAGAAUUCUGAAGCCAAAAAAAAGCACAUAGAACCUCAGGUCCAGUCUAGAGUCCCAGAAACAGAUCACUUUAAUAGCACAGACAUUUCAGAAAAUGGUUCUGAUCUUAACCUGAAGUUCCAAGAAACUCAAAACAAGUAUGAGGAAGCUGUGAAAGAGGUUUUGAAUGUACAAAGGCAAAUUAAACUGAGUCUUGUUUCCUCUGAAAGUGAAGAAACCAGUUCUGAUCUGAGUAGAUUGAAGGCUACAUGUGGAGAAGUUGAAAUGCUUAAGCAAGAAUUGAAGAGAGCGUUGGAGGAAAGUGAAAGACAAAAAGAGAAAGUGAGAGAGCUACAGAAGAAGUUUGAAGAAAGAGAGCAGAAUGCAGCAAGUAAAUUGUUUGUGGAUGAGUGUAAGGAAAUGAAGAAUUCUUAUUGUUCAGUUAUUGAUAACAUUAAUCAGGAGAAAGCAUUGUUGAUUGAAAGAUACAAAGAAGGGCAAGAGGAAAUUAAAAGGCUGCAGGACAAGCUGACAAAUCAGGCUCAGUUGGAAACUAGUGCUGAAGCUGGAGAAAUGAAAGAUGCAAUGCACAGAAUGAUAGAUGAGCUCAACAGACAACUUAGUGAAUUAUCUCAGUUGUACAAAGAAGCACAAGCAGAGCUUGAAGACUAUAGGAAGAGAAAAACUCUAGAUGAUGUAGCUUUGGACUACAUUCCUAGAGAGGAACAUGAGAAACUGAUGCAGGUAACAAAUUCUCUGAAAUACAAAGCAGAGAAUGAGUUAUCAGAAAUAAAAUCCCAGUACACAAAAGUAUUAGAUGAAGCAGAAGAACUAAAGCAACUGUUAGAUGCUCAGAAACAAAACUCUCUGCCAAUUACUGAACACCAUCAGGUGAUGAAUGCACUCAGAAAUACUGUAAAGGAAAUGGAGGAAGAAAUAAAUGAGCUCAAAGGACUGCUUACCAGCAAGGAAAGCGAAGUAAGACACUUACAAAAGGAAUUACUGGAAGAAAAAGCUGCAAUCAAUGAAGCAAUGGUACCCAAGGCUGCAUAUGAAAAGCUCCAGUCAUCACUAGAGGGUGAAGUUAGUGUUUUGUCAUCCAAGCUGAAGGAUGUAAUCCAAGAGAAGGAAAAUAUGUCCUUAGAUGCUAUGCAACUGAGAAAUGAAGUUUUGCACUUAAAAGAAGAGAAAGAAGGUAUGCAUACUCUGCUUGAAGCAAAGGAAAGGGAGGUGACUGGCCUUCACCAAAAGUACCAUCAAGCUCAAGAAGAUCUUCUUGAAAUGAAAAGAUAUUCUGAAAGCUCAUCAAAACUAGAAGAGGAUAAAGAUAAAAAGAUCAAUGAAAUGUCCAAGGAAGUCAGCAAGUUAAAAGAAGCACUGAACAGCCUUUCUCAGCUUUCCUACUCGACCAGUGCCCCCAAAAGACAGAGCCAGCAGCUGGAGGCAUUACAACAACAAGUGAAGCAGUUGCAAAACCAACUGACUGAAACAAAGAAACAGCAUCAGGAAAUUGUCUCAGUUUACAGGAUGCAUCUUCUUUAUGCUGUGCAGGGUCAAAUGGAUGAAGAUGUCCAGAAAGUGCUUAAACAAAUUUUAUCGAUAUGUAAAAGCCAAUCACAGAAAAAGUAAACAAAAAUGCCAAGGAGAACUCCCCAUUUUUAUUAAUCCUGUUAUGGGAGUUUAUCUAGAUUUGCCUUAACAUUAAGAUUUUUAAAUUGGCAAUUUGCUGCUUUUGUGUUAUUGUACUGUUUUUAAGGGGGAUUUAUUUGUCUGUCUACUACUUCCCAUGUGCAUUUGCAUGUGCAGUAACUAAACACAUGCCUGCUUUUCAUAUCCAAAAUGCAAGUAUGUUUUUAGACAUUUUACUUAAGCCACUCCAUAUCAUGUUUACCCUGAAAGUACUUU